GAGUUGUUGCAUGGCUGAAUAGUUCCGAAACGCGUGAGCCUUGUUUUCGAACUUGAACCGAAUUCGAAUGUUGUGUUGCAAACUGCGCGAGUGGAAAAGUGACAGCCUGCAGUUCUGAGCUUCACAGUUCUUCGCCGUGUCACGGUUAGUGCUUUUGUUGGUUUUAGUCUUCCUAAAAAAAGAAGGAAAAAUACAAGAAACAAGCUAAUCAAUUCACCUCCGCGAAGGCAGAAAGGCAGAACGAAACGUGAAAAAUCUCCAAAGUAAUCAAUUGAUCCAGAUUGAAAUCUGGGAUUGCAGCAAAGGGCAUAAGAGCAAAACAAAGGUGAAGAAGACAAACGAGGUAAACAGCAUAAAAGCACCGUUGUUGAUGCUAAUGCGGAAAAAUUAGACUCAAAAAGGUGAAUAAUAAUUGCAUCGAAAAUAAUUCGACUCCAUACAGCUUUAUCAGCCUUCGUUUACAGUGUACGUGAAAUUGAAGUGUUUGAUAAGUUGCAAAAGUUGUGAAGUGCACGGCAAGCAAGUAGGUAUAGCUGCAGCUUGGAGUUAUUUUUUUUCUGUCGGGUGCAACAACGGUGCGAAAGAAGUGCACAACCCAGUGGGUGGAAUCGCUUAUACCAGUAGUGGGUUUCGCAAGAAGGUUUUCCUCCCCUGCGGGCACUGGCGUGUCGUUGGUUUAGAAGAAUAAUAGAUAGAAGUGGAAAAGGUUGCUGAAGAAGAAAUUAUAUGUGCUUAUUUUUUGCGUAAUCUCCGCGGCAUCGUAACUUCAAUCAGUGGCCAAACCGUCGUCGUACCCGCACUUCUUCCCGUAGACUGACUGACUUCUAAGAGCUUCUUAACAAAUCACCGUUGUUGGUGGCAGCGGCAGUCAGUGGGUUUCCAGCAGCAGCAGCAUCGACCCACACACGGCACGGCACGGCACAGAAGAUCUCAAAGCAGCAGCGUUCUUUUGUUGCGUUAGAGCUAGUUGGUUGCACCUUUCAGCGAAGUAAACCUGCAAACGCCAUUGCUGCAAAGCUGCAAUCAUGCUGGAGCGCGGACCAGUACAGUUAGACAACGACAAGUGUCGUCGCGAACGGGAACCGCAUCGGUCCGGAUCGCGUAUCGAUCUCGCCAGCCUAUGUGGACCGCGAAACGGGUCCAGAUCUGGCCGAAACAAUAUGGUGGAUUCACACGGUAACGCGCUGCCAUCGCUCAGCCCGUCCAGCAAUAACAACUCGUCCUCGUCGACGGCGGCCAGCAGUGAUAUCGACCAGAAGGCGGUCCCGUUGACACCCAAAGAAGCACUAAAGUACCACGGAGCCGGACUAACGGACUACGAGAAGCAGGAAAUUGAGAAAUAUCCGGAAAUUUACUACCUGGGGCUCGAAGCCUGCAAACUCAAUGCCAAACCGGGAACUGCUCUCAACUCGGGUUAUGAUGAUGACAAUGGAAGCUAUAAUAAGGUUAUUCAUGAUCACAUCUGCUACCGGUACGAAAUUCUGGAAGUCAUCGGUAAGGGUAGCUUCGGGCAGGUCAUCCGAGCGCUGGACCACAAAACCCAUCAGCACGUUGCAGUCAAAAUUAUCCGCAACAAGAAGCGCUUCCACCAUCAGGCUCUGGUCGAGGUGAGAAUAUUGGACGAAUUGCGGAAGAAGGACUCGGAUGGAUCGUACAAUGUGAUACAUAUGCUAGACUACUUUUACUUCCGCAAUCAUCUGUGCAUCAGCUUUGAAUUGAUGAGCCUCAACCUGUACGAACUCAUCAGAAAGAAUAACUACCAAGGAUUCAGUCUGAGCCUUAUUCGAAGGUUCUGCAACUCGAUAGUCAAAUGCCUCCGGUUGCUGUACCAGGAGAACAUCAUUCACUGUGAUCUAAAGCCCGAGAACGUUCUGCUGAAGCAGCGAGGUAGCAGCUCGAUAAAGGUUAUCGAUUUUGGCAGCUCAUGCUACUCGCACCGCAAAGUGUACACCUACAUCCAGUCCCGCUUCUAUCGGUCACCGGAAGUCAUCCUGGGACUGACGUACGGACCGGCCAUCGAUAUGUGGAGCUUAGGUUGUAUACUGGCAGAACUAUACACCGGAUAUCCGCUGUUCCCCGGGGAGAAUGAAUCGGAGCAAUUGGCGUGUUUGAUGGAAGUUCUCGGCAUGCCUCCGGAUGAUGUCAUUAAUUCUUGCACUAGAAAGAGGGUGUUUUUCGACUAUUUUCCAUCCGUAGAAUCCCGAUUUAUUGCACGGAAUAUUACAAACACUAAAGGACGCAAGCGGAAGCCGGGUUCGAGGAACCUUUCGCAAGCCCUGCGUUGCAACGAUACAGUGUUCAUCGAUUUCGUCAGCAGAUGCCUGGAAUGGGAUCCCAAGAAACGCAUGACCCCGGACGAGGCGACGCGCCACGAGUGGCUCCAGCCGAGCGCCUCCUCCACGUACGUUUCGUCCAAGUCAAAGGAAAACAGUGAUAAUCAGCUCAGCUUUAUGCAAAAACUGCAACGAUCUCAGCCAAUGACACCAAAUACAAUCCUUCCGGAGAUUAAAACUCCCUCCACUCGGCAGCGCUACGUCAGGGAACGGGUUAAAGCUCUAGAUAUCGAAUCAGCACAACAGCAAUACUCACUACAUCGACUGUACCAUGGCAGGAAGCCAACGCUGACUUCGUCCAACAGUAACAGUAACAAUAACAACAACAACAACAGCAACCAGAACAAUGUCCACAGCAGUAAUACCAAUCUCAGCAGUCACAACAAUAACAACGGCGGUAUGCACGGCAGCAACAGUAGUUUCAAUAUCAAUCACAGCAGCAGCAGAGAGACAAUAAACAACAACAACAACGGCAACAGCAAGUAUUCGUCAAACCGCAACAGAACCGGUGGCGGCGGUGGAGGUAGCGGUGGUCACCACUACCACCAUCACGGUGGCAUGCCACACUCGCAGAGUACCGGCGAUGUGUCAGCCAUUUUUGGCCGCGCAUGACGCGACACCCAUGGCAAGCCCAAACGCAGCAGCAAACUGAUUGGCAUGAUCUGAGUUCUUGCCCCCCGCCCGAAUCGGUGACACGACGAACGGAAUCAAUAGUGUUGUAAUCAUCGUGGUUGUCUGUAUUGUUUAGUGCAGUAGGCUGUAUGAUAUAGGAAGUAGGCGUGCCCUCCCCCGCUCAGGCGAGAUAGACAGAUCGAUGUAGUAGGAAUAUGUUAAAUGCUAAUCAGUAUCCAUAAUCCUCAGAAAGUAAUCAUCCUCCCACUGCCUUCCUCCAAAAAAUUAAAGAAAAAAACUAGAGUUAGUCGGAGAUUCCUCGCCAUUUGAUAGUUGAUGGUGAUUAUUUCGUAAUACAUAGUCUUUUUAGGUUAGGUGAGUUACAUUGACAUUGAGGACCUUUCAAAGCUUCUUUUGCGUUAGGAAUCUCUACAUUCCGCGGGCUGUGGUUCGAGAUAUUCCGUUGAAAUGUUUUCUCUUGCUCCUUCUAAACUAAAAUACAAAGUAUGUGUUCCUGCUAAGAGACUAUAUUUUCUACAGUAUUAGAGUGUUUUGUGCGGUUAGUUCGCUAAUUCCAUUGUACUUUUACAUAGCAGAAGGCGUUCAAUCUAAAGGCCUACAAAACUCUUUGUUUUGUAAUUAUGCGUACAUACAAUCAUAAUAAUCAUUGGAGAUAACCUAUUUAGUAGCAAUCCUUUCAGUAUCGUGCAAUCAUAGGGCCUAAAGUAUUUGAAUCAUUCUGUGAAACCCAAUUAACUAUUCUUCGAAAUUAAAUAUAAAUCUAAUUAACCUCCUCCGGAUUUGAAUGUAGUGACAUUUGGUACCCGAAUGUUCUGUCUAGAAAGGAAGGAGUGUGUAUUGCACAGUUUUAGUAUCCAUCUACGAUUUAAAAAGUGUGUUGAAAUGUAAGCCAAAUAGUUAUAUAUAAGUACGGUAGAAUUAGCCUGCAGUCAAACCUGGAAAGUUUGGAUUUUAUUACACAUGAAUUGUAGAAAACAUUCAGUAAAGCCGGAAUAAAUGGAACCAAACAGAUGAUUUAUCAUAGAAACUCAAACACUUGGAUUCUCUUCUUUUCAACCAUUAAAGUUCGGGAUCAGUGCAGUGACACGAGCUGACUAUAUUUGAACAAUAUCAACAAGGAAUUAUAAAUACUGACAAGCUGAAGAGGACAAACAAACAGAUUCACGUCACGACAAAUGCUGCAAAUGUUGCGUUACACAUAGUUCGACUGACUUCCAACAAUAUAGAUAAAACUGUAAAGAAGCUACCUGUAAUUUAUUGUUUAGAGACAGCCAACAAGAAAACAAAACACAAGAUGGCAGCAAAUGUAGAACAAAUACUAAUACAAUCGGAUAGAAAAAAGCCGACAAAAAAGUAAGAAAUUAAUAUAAUCAGUCAAACGUCAGAGUAAAUUAAUCUAUUAUUAGCGUGUAGUGAAGGAAGAAGUAAUAUGUUUUUCUUUUGUAACGUUUCGGCAAAUUACCUCUAAAAUAAUAUACGUUUAAAAUCUUCUCAAAAAUAAAGAAAAAAAAAUCAAUGAGCGCCUAUGUUAAAGUUGCUAACCUUAAUCGAAGGCAUUUUCGACAAACGAUGAGUAAAUUAUAAUCACCGCUAAAUUUCUCAAGCAUGCAAGAAAAAAAAACGAAGCUCUUUUCUCAGACACUAACUAUGAUUGAAGCUAAAUUACACUCUUAAACAAAGUGAAAUACAUAUAUGAAUAUAUGCUUACAUAUAUAUAUGGGAAUUCAUUAUUUUAUGUACAUUCUUGUCAAACCGCAAAAAA